AUGUACGCGCUCACCCUCGCUGGCAUACCCGUUGCCAUGGGGGCCAACGAAGCCGUCCAUCAACAGCGGCUGCUGGACGAAGCAGCCGAGGCCGAGGAACGACUGCAGGAAUUCCAUCUCGAUGUGUUUUGCUCUGCGAAAUCGAGGAAGAGGGAUGAAGUGCAUGGUGCGAUUGUUGUUUUGAAUGAAGGAAAGAUUUGUCUCUGGCCCAAAGACAAUGAUACCCAACUCCCAGCCCGUGGACCCAAUGACAUGCCCCCUCCCCACCCAUUCACUGGUUUCUACCUCCCCUUCCCAAAUGAAGAUCUCCCCCACCGCCCCAUACCCUCGUCUCCCAUCCUCGGUCUCGUCACCACCGUGCCCUCUGCAACUACCACCACCACCACCUCCUCCUCCCCAGCAUCCAGCACAUCUCCACCCUCCAAGCCCAAGCUCAACUGGGUCUACGCCGACACACGCACGCGCGAACUGAAAUACGGACCGCGCGCCGAGGCGAAGAAACACGUUGUUGGGCCGUGGGACUGGACGGAGGAUGAGCAGGGGAUUACGUUGGAGGGGGAGGAGUGUCUUGUUGCUGUUGGGGAGGAGAAGGGGGGUUAUGGGUGGAGUGUAUAUUGGGAUAGGGAGGAUGAUGGGUUGAAGGGGGUUGGGGUCGGGGAACGGAAGAGAGUGUUGAGGUGUAGUCUUGAAAGGAGGGUGUUGGAGGAGAAAAAGAGGAUUGGGGGGUUGGAUGAUAGUGAGUACAAGGAUGAAGGGAUGGAUGAUGAGUAA